CUGGUGAAGAAGAAAGGCAGAACAGAGCAUUUACGGACACAGGGUGAGAGAAAAGGCGAUGACGACGUUACGCAGAUUUUGCUGCAAUGAUCUGCUUCGAUUCACUUCCGUCAAUCUCGAUCACCUCACGGAAACCUUCAACAUGUCCUUCUAUAUGACCUACUUGGCAAGAUGGCCUGAUUACUUCCAUGUCGCAGAGGCCCCUGGGAACCGCAUAAUGGGUUACAUCAUGGGAAAAGUCGAGGGGCAAGGCGAGUCAUGGCACGGUCACGUAACUGCUGUAACUGUUGCUCCAGAAUAUCGCAGGCAACAAUUAGCUAAGAAGCUCAUGAACCUGCUCGAGGAUAUUAGUGACGAAGUUGAUAAAGCUUAUUUUGUUGAUCUCUUUGUGAGGGCAUCGAACACCCCUGCAAUCAAGAUGUAUGAAAAGCUUGACUAUGUUAUCUAUCGGCGUGUGCUGCGUUAUUAUUCGGGGGAGGAAGAUGGAUUAGAUAUGAGGAAAGCAUUAUCGCGAGAUGUCGAUAAGAAGUCGAUCAUCCCACUUAAAAGGCCAGUGACUCCCGACGAACUAGAAUAUGAUUAGCUUGAGAGAAACGUCGUUCAAUCAUUGAUGAAGAAAAAAUAUCAUGUGCUCAUGAGUUGAGGAUAGCGAGAGGCUAGCUAUCGUCUUCUUGAGAACGGGCUGUACGUGCAUCGUAAGUACUUGUAUUACCCUGACAAAAAAUGAAGCUAAACCUUUUACUUCAACUAUUUAGUAGCUUCAAACUGUUGUUUCAUUUAAUUCUUUUUCAAUGAUCACCUAAUGUUGUUGAAACACUCUGUUUUCUGGGACUUUUGUUUUUAAGGAGAAGAAUUCUUCA